UAGAAUUAUGACUGCUGACAAGUGACAGUUAUGUUUACUGUAUAUUAUUCAUAACAAAUAAAAUAGCUUUAUUUUAUUACAAUUUCGCUCAUAUUAUGGAGAAAUAUGAUACUUCUCAGCUCACUGAGUUUCCCCGUUUCGAGGGUGAUUCCAAUCAAGGUGGAGUUACUAAUUUUUUAAAUAAAUUGUGGAAGUUCCCGAUAUUUACGGGAAGUGAAACUGGUGAUAGUGAAGUUAAAACUAACGAGAUUAAGCAGAAUGAGGUCCAUAAUAUUGAGAAGCAGGAUUAUGAAGAGAAUAAAGUAGAAACAGCAAGUGUUGUGGAAUGUGAGGGAAGGAGUCUGCAGAAUAUAGUUAAUCGUAUAAGUGGUUACGCAAAGUCCGGAACACGUUAUGCCGAUACUGAACUCGCUCGGUACUGGAUGCCGGACGACAUAUCCCGUGAGUGCUACGAGUGUGCGGUUCGGUUCAGCGCACUGAGACGCAGACAUCACUGUCGCGUGUGUGGGCAGAUAUUCUGUUCCCGCUGUUGUAGCCAAAGAGUCCCAGGUCACAUAUUUGGCUGUGCUGGUGGUCUAAGGGUGUGCACUUAUUGCUGCAAUGUAGUACUGACAUAUUUAAGAGAAAAUGAUAUGACGGAGGAUAUAUCACCCGAUCUUAAAACACUUCAAGAGAGCUUGCAGGUGAAGUUCCCAUCUAACAAGCCGUCUCCAUCGAGCAGGGAGUUUCUGUUCUCUCAUGAAGUGGAGCCCGGGGAUGUCCGCAGCAACAAGGAGCCGCUGGCCGAUGUCUUUAGACAGCUGUACUAUGCUCUGCCCACGCAACAACACAGAUACAGACUGGUGCGGUACACGGGAGUGUGGCGAGGAUGUGACGUCAUGCAGUGGGUGAUGGAGAAUACGUCACAUAAGACAAGAGCUCAGGCUGUACUCUUGUGUCAGAAUCUCCUGCACGCUGGUCUCAUGGAGCGAGUCACUGAGCCGGCUCAGUUUGCGGACUACGCCCUCUACCGGCCGCUACAGCUAGAGACAAAUGACUCUGCUGAUAUUACAACAGGAGAGGAUCCGUCCGAGGAAUGCAACAACAGACUUGUUGAGAGCGUUUCUUCAUACUGUUUGGAUCUCAACCUAGGAAACAGUUCAGCGAGGUUGAUCAAAGCUACAAAAACUGAAGUGAAAGCGACAUCUACCGGCGACGAAGAGGAACCGGUUUUAGACAAUUCCGAAGAGACCCGCCAGCCGUGCAAGUCUAUCGAGCAGUCGGGCGAGGAUCACCUCAAGCUGCUGAUGCGCCAGCAAAUGGCCCGCGAGGCGCUGCCGGCGGGUUGGCUGGACACCCUGUACCCGCUGUGCGUUCGAGCCGCUGAUGUUAUGGCUAUAGAUAUGAUGAGCAACGACAUCGAUAUCCGGAACUACGUCCAAGUGAAGAAAGUUCCGGGCGGGGAGAUGACCGACAGCUGUCUCAUACACGGAGUGGUCAUGACCAAGAACGUGGCUCACAGGGGCAUGCCGAAAAGAAUAACGAAUCCGUCCGUACUGCUUCUGGAUUGUUCGAUCGCUUACCAGAGGGUCGAGGGUAAACUGACGUCUCUGGAGCCGCUUCUGAUGCAGGAGCAGGAAUACUUAGUGCGUUGCGCUGCGAGGAUCUCGGCGCUUCGCCCUAAAGUGGUUUUGGUGAGGGGCAGCGCCGCCCGCGCUGUACAGGAUGCUCUGCGGGCGGAGGGCGUCGCUCUAGCUGUGGGUGUGCGAGAUAAGGCUCUCAAGCGAAGCGCCAGGUGCGCUAAGGCUGAUCUGGUCACUUCCAUAGACGCAAGGAUAGGAAUGCCUAGAUUAGGUGUCUGUAAAAAUUUCUACGUUAAAAAUUUCACGAGCAAGACUCUCAUGGUGCUAGAAGGUUGUGCGGAACCAAAUCUAGGCUGUUGUAUUUUACUCCGCGGCGGAUGUCUACAGGAGUUGGUCCGCGUGAAAAGGAUAGUAAAGUUCAUGUUAUUGGCCUGCUACAACUGGAAGUUGGAGAAGUCUUUCCUGGCCGACAUCGAAGCCAUACUCCCCGAACCAGACACGUUCGUGGACGACAGCGAGGAGCCGGUUCUCGACGACAGAUAUAAGAAAGACGCCAAAGACAAAGCCAGUGACGCUGCAGAGGAUGACAGUAUCUUCGGCAGCGCUGAUAUGGAAUCGAUAAGCGACCUCGGACACAAGGAAGACAUGAGCCGAUACAACAGGGAGGAGGUCGAAUCUCCCGGAGAAAACAAGACGGUGGGUGAUGGAAACGCUGCGAGCGAUCAAAAUGAGGCCAAAAAUAGCGAAGACUCGUACACGAGAUACAAGCACUUCGCUAGGAAACUGGAUUGUGAUAAGAAUUUAAGUUGCGGAGUUCCCAUACAGGAUUUCAGUGAUCCCUUACACUCCCGCUUGUCUCUGGACGAAGACGUGUUCCUGCCUAAGGAGGAAGCUGAGCUGAAAGCGGACACUCACAGCGAGAGAUGGUGUACCGAUGACGUGGUCCUGUCGAUGUCCCCUAACAUAGUGAUACCGGCGCCCGAAUUGUCGCUGCUCAGUCGGCCUUCGCCCCACACGCCUCGGGCUCACAGGAAGGAUUCAGGGAGACUCCCCUCGGAGAAAGAGAGAGAGAAGGAGCGUCACCCGUUCGUGACCCAGCCGAUAACGACUUCAAUGGACGACCCCGCGCUCAGAGCGUCGCUCGCACACUUCAGAGCGACGGGCGGCGUGCUGGCGGCGGGGAAACACAGCCCCGAGUGUCCUCAAUACAGCCCGUCCAUCGUGAGGCCGGUGGAGAGGGACGAGGCGCCCCGUGUGGACCCGGACCCGGACCCGCUGUCCCCUGAGAAACACCAGCGGCUCAGCGUGUUGCUCUACAGUUACAGCAGCAAGAGUCCCAACGUGCCGGACUUCUGUGUCAACCCCUGGAUAGUCACCAUGGAAAUGUACGGCCGCCACGACAUAUCCCUGGGCGCCUUCCUGGAGAAGUAUUGUUUCAACGCGGAGCAGAAGUGCUCGUCGCCCAACUGUCCGGUGCCCAUGAACCAGCACGUCCGGCGGUUCGUGCACGAGGACGUCUGCAUCACCAUAACGUGCAACACGAUAGGACACAGCAGCGUGGACAAGCCCAAGGAGGAGCGGAACAAACAGGUGAUGUUCUGGUGCCGCUGCGAGUGCUGCGGCAGCACCUCCCGCGGGCGGCGCGUGUGUCGCUCGUCGCUGGGCCUGUCCCUGGCGCAGUACAUCCGCUUCCGAGUCCGCGCUCCCCGCUACGCCCUCCGCCAAUGCCCGCACGCCCUCAACUCCCACCACCACGCCUUCGUCAGCCGCCUCACCACCGCCUGCUUCCGGUACGAGAAGAUCCAGUCCUACUCGAUCCAGCUUCCGCCGGAAGUGAUCGCCGUCCGCCAUGACACGCGCCGCAUGAGAGACGACCUCAUCGCGACCCUCAACGAACUGAUGCUGAAAGGUCACGAGACCUUCAGUAACUGCACGGAUGUGGAUGUGGAGAAGGAGUACGCGGCCUUCAAACAGCUCAUGGAACAGAUACACCUGGCGCUCACCUCGGCCGGGGGCGACACGCACGCCGAGCGGGUGCGCCGGUUGUGGUCCGUGGCCGACAGUCUGCUGGCCGCCGAGCGGGCGCUCAGGGACGCCGCCUCGCGGACCCGGCCCGCGGAACAUGCGGCAGCGGACGACAGGCAGGAUGUAGAGGAGCAGCACGACGCCGCCAGCGACGGCGCCGAUAAUCCGCCGAGAGACACGGACAAGGAGCAUACUGGUACAGAGGGUGACGAAGACCGCGGCGACAAGAAGACGGUGAAGCAGAUCAUAUCACAGCUCCUGACCACCAACCAGCCGGCCAGUCAGGGCAUGCUGGUGUCGGGCGGGCUGGUGUCGGUGCUGGUUCACGUCGGGCAGGUGGGGUCCGUCAUCGCCGCGUCCCUCGCCUCGCUCGCCUACCAUCGGUCGCUACACUUACAUAGAGCGAGUGUGCACGAGAACGAGGAGUUGGAGAACGGGAGCUCGGGACGAGACAAGGGCGACGCCGACAAAACCAGGGCCAAGACUAACGAACAUAUAGAAGUCUUACUCAAGGACGGUCUGCUGUGUCGCGUGUACUAUGCGUCUCAGUUCCACCGUCUCCGACACAUGCUGCUGGCUUCCCUGGAGGGUGACCGGCUGGAGGCGGGCUGCUGCGACGACCCCAAGGACAAAGACAAAGGCCUGUGUGAGAUCGAGGAAGGGUUCAUUCGUUCGUUGGCGAGCUGCGUCCCGUGGGCGGCGAGGGGCGGCAAGUCCGGCUCGACAUUCUGUAAAACCAAAGACGACCGCUACGUGCUCAAGGAGAUGACGAAGCCCGAGUGGCAGCAGUUCCUGGAGUUCGCGCCGCACUACUUCAAGUACGUCACCAGAUGCACGCAACACAAGCUGCCCAGUCUCCUGGCUCGCAUAGUGGGCGUGUACAGCGUGGGCGGGGCGGGCAGCGGGGUGCUGGUGAUGGAGAACGUGUGGUAUCCGCCCCCGGCCCCGAGCCCGCCGGGCCCCGAGCAGGCCCCGGAACAGACUCAGCUAAGGUUCGACCUGAAGGGAGCCAGCAGACAGAGACUCGCGUCGCCCGACAACAACCAAGUCAUGUUCGACGAGAACUUGCUGAGACUCCGUUGGGAGAAACAACUGUACGUGGGCGGCGUGGGCGCGCGCGCUCUGUGGGCGGCCAUCGAUAGAGACACGCGCUUCCUGGCUGACAACCACGUCAUGGACUACUCGCUACUGCUGGGCCUGCGAGGACAACACAUAGAGCUGGGGAUCAUUGACUACAUCAGAACCUUCACGUGGGACAAGAAGCUGGAGCACCUCGUGAAGAAGAACCUGGGCUCCGGCCAGCCGACCGUGGUCUCCCCGGACCAGUACCGCCGCAGGUUCAGCGCCGCCACCAGGAAGUACUUCCUGCACUGUCCCUCGCACUGGGACCAUCUUUAUAACGACCAGUACUGAGCUUACUGCACCAGCUCCUCCGGACACGAGCUCGGAUCAAACGAGAUACAACUAACUAGUGCGAACGCGGUUUAUUAAAACUCCGCAUGUUAUUUCUUAAGGCAAAUCGAAUAAAGGCUUCAAGCAAUGAACUAUAAUUUGGGUAAUAUUCAAGAAAUCCCAAAACUAGCGAUUCUCGAUCUUAGUGGCGUUAUAAAUAUAAAUUUAAAUAUUUUAUUUAAAAAAUUAAAUGCAGUCACAAACUGCGGUCGACCUUGACUCUUAGUAGUAAGGAACACGUAUUAAACAUUCCGAAUGAUAUUUAUUGUGUAGAACAAAUGUGAUAUAGAGCAUAAUAAAGGUUCAAAGCAAA